GAGGAAAUGGCGCUCGGAUUCGUCUCGCCGAGAUCCCAUUGUUGGCUUCUCCAGGUGUCAGACCAGAAGGCAAUGGAUGGGCAGGUGGACCUCAGCGAUCCCCCUCGUCGUCUUCCUCCUCACCCAUAUCUUCUUCGCCCAAACGACAGCUCUUCCUCCAUCGAGUUAGACGCUCUUCCGGAGGUCUCGGAGGAGGAACCAACAGCAGUCCUCGUAGACGCAAGAGCUCCAUCUAUGGCCCUGGGACAGGUAUCGAACAUCUCAAACAGGUCGGAGGGUCAACACCUCAUCUGCCAUCGAUGAUCGACUCCAGUGCCCCGUCGUCGAGCUCCGAUCUGGGCAGUAUGGAGUCACCAGCAGGAAGCAUCAAGAGCGAUCUACCCGUUGAGAACUUUACCGGAGGCGGCGUCCUUGGAUCACUUGGACGCAAUGGGACUUUUGGAAAGCGUACUCGGAUCGGACUCGUCAAAGGUCGACCUGAUAUUCCAGAGAGAAUAAGGAGCUUGUCAUCUCCACGCAAAACGCAUUUCGGAACGACGUACGAGUUUCACACGUCCGUGUUUGAGACUCUGCAGCAAAGCGAGUCAGCCUCAGCGAUUGAGGAGCCACUCGUCAAGUCCUCCAAGAAAUCAGCGAAUGCGCCAAUCGUCCUUGAACAACAUCCCUACUGCGCAGACAACCCCGAAGCCGCGAUCGAUGAAGUUAUCGCACCUGUCGUCCCGCCAAGGACGGCAGCACCUACGCUCAAGCGAUCCAAAGCAGUCUUUGGCAAGCUGAAAUCGAGGAUGGGCAGUAACAAGAUUACUACUCCUUCAUCCUCAGAACCUGAACGCAUCAUUCCGGCAUCGAUUUCUCUGCCGUCGACGCCUUUGCUCGAUGAACCCACGGUCGAUACUACUUUGCCGCUCUCUGCGUCAACUUCGACGACCUCUGCGGCCUCUUGGAAAUCCUCCAUAUCGAAGCUUGGUACUCAGAAGUGGUCUCGACGAGCUACGUCCUCACCUCGACCGGACUCACGAGCUUCUACGGCCUCGUCUACCUUCCUCUUUGGCUCGACUGGGGCUCGAACUUCCACUAUCGACCUCCCCUCCUCCACUGCUGUAGAUGUACCCUCCGCACUUGUCGAGUCUCAAGCCAACACAUCAACGGGUACAUUGAUCCUGUCUACCAUCUCAGAAUCAUUGGACAUUGACGAUAUUCUCGAUCCGGCCAAACGGGAAAUCAUCCUUGAGUCUCUACACAGUGCGACAAGUACAGCAAGCUCUUCCGCUUCGUCUUCGUCAUCCAGACGUGGCUCACUGCCUGGGGACGAUGAUUCCACCUCUCUCAACCCAUCCAAUUCUGACCCUGUGCUCUCCUCCUCUGAUUCUUGCUCUCCGACAACGACGCCCUAUUCAUCCUCCUCUGCCAACGAUCACGGUACACCGUGGACAUCGCAUCAGCAACAUGGACAUCAUUCGCCUUCCGUCAGUUCGGAUCAUCAAUUUUCAUUAGAUACGCCAACCCUCGAAGAUGGGUUCCACUCGCACCACACGCAAGGACCUUUGAACCCUAUGCUCAAGCGAGUCAGCAUAGAUUCAAUGGGUGGCAAGAGUGAAUCGAGCUUUUAUUCAGCGUUAGGCCAGACGGAUAUCUCCAUGAUUGAGUUUUGAGGCGGGGUAAGAACAAGGGGUCCUUAGGAGAGACAAAUGUACUGUAUGCGGUGUUUGACCUGAUUGCCCUUCUCUCUUUCUGGGGAUCCUGUAUCGAUUUUGUUGGUAUACAUAUACAUCAAUGCUCUCUCAUACAUAGUCAUACAUGUUAAGCCGGUG